GAUUUCACAGUCCAUAUGGCCUGAUUACAUUACCGGAGUUUCCGAGGCUUUUGCAUAGAAACAGAAAGAACCAAGUCAUUAUAUUAAAAGCAAGGUUUCAAGAAUGAAGGUUCUUUGAGGUGAUAAAAGAAGAAAGCAAGAACAUUGGGUUCAUCCAUCAGAAAAGAUGGGUAGCUUGAGAAACUCAAAGACACUCCAUGACUUGUUUGUGCAAGAGAAGCCUCUCUUCCCCAUUAUUCAACACUCUCCAACUUCACCCAUGAAUGAAGAUCUUCUCUCUGCUAUCUCUUACUGCACCUUUGUCUUCACCUUCACUGACCCUCUUGAAUCUCCAGCACAAAGAGAUUCCAAGAGGAUCCAACUUUCAAGGAUCAUUUCCAUACUCAAAUCUUCCAAGAAGCCAUUGCAGCACAGAAUCUUGGCCCCAUUGAUCUCAAUGAUUCAAGCUAAUCUCUUUAGGCCACUCCCUCCACCUGCCAACAACCCUUCUUGUUCUUCUUCUUCCUCCUCUUCCUCUUCUUCCGUCUGUGAACUCGCCGACGACGAAGAUCCUGUCUCCAUAUUCUCACCAGUUUGGUCACAUCUCCAAAUAGUAUACGAAAUUCUGCUCAGGCUUGUCAUCACCAUAGACUAUGAAGCCUUGAGAGUGUACAUGGAUCAGUCUUUCCUCCUCAAGCUCCUAUCACUCUUCCAAUCAGAAGAUCCGAGGGAACGCGAGAGCUUGAAGAAUGUUUACCACAAGAUAUACACAAAAUUCAUCACGGAUCGUUCCUUCAUGAGGAAGUCAAUGAAAGAUGUGUUGCUGAACCAUGUUUUCGAGAUAGAAAGGCAUCCGGGGAUUGCAGAGUUGCUUGAGAUAUGGGGAACCAUCAUAAAUGGAUUUACCGUGCCACUCAAGGAAGAGCACAAGCUGUUCUUGAUGAGAGUUCUGAUUCCCCUGCAUAAGACAAAGGGGAUGCAGGUGUACCAUAGGCAACUCGCUUAUUGCGUUUCGCAGUUUGUGCAGAAGGAGCCAAUGCUUGGUGCAGUUGUUGUUAGAGGGAUCCUCAGGUAUUGGCCUGUAACCAACACUCAAAAAGAGAUCUUGUUCAUUGGGGAGUUGGAGGAUCUUGUUGACAAUAUUGACCCUGAUCAGUAUAGGAAGUUGGCCUUGCCAUUCUGUACACAGAUUACUAAAUGCAUUAACAGCUGGAAUUCACAGGUGGCAGAGCGAGCGCUGUAUGUAUGGAACAACGAACAGUUUGUGAAGAUGGCGACAAUUGGGAUGGUGGAAGUGUUUCCGGUGAUAGUAGAGGGGAUGGAGAGGAACCUCAAGUGGCACUGGAGCAAGAAUGUAAGGCAAUUAACAGAAAGUGUGAAGGUGAUGCUGGAAGAGAUGGACCCAGAACUUUAUACAAAGGGUCUCAUUGACAUGCAAAAUAAACAAGCAGAGGCACACCAACUUGAUAUCAGGAGAAAAAAGAGAUGGGAGAUCCUAGAAUUGGAAGCUGCAAAGAACAAAUUUCUCAAUCCACAACGUUCUAUAUGUGUCUCUCACUAGUAUGCAACUUUGUGCUGCCAAAACCCACUUUUAUUAUGUAAACAUAAUAUACAACUUUUGACUCGUGCUAGCAACGUGAGAAUUUCUUUUUUGAGUUUUUUUCUAAUCAUUCUCAUUCCUCUAUUUUUUUCACAUAAUAGUAUACAAAGAAAGAUGGUAUUCAUUCUCAGUUUUCACAAUUUUCCAAUGAUCCCUCUCUAGAAACAGAAAAAUCCUGUCCACAGAUACAAAAACGGUUAAAUAAACUUUACAGUCUAGUAGAUUUAUCUUUUGAUCCAAUUUCAAUACAAUUGCUGUUAUCAAAUGAAAUCAUAUAGUCACAAUAUAAAUCACAUGAUUAUGGUCCAUUGAACAAGAGAAAUUAAGCUAUUUAGUACAUAAUACUUAUUCAGUUACGUGACACAAAAUUCAAUCUCUAAUGUCAAAAUUUUGGUCCUCUUCGCUGAAGGUUAAAAAUUGUUCAACGAAGUAUAUACAUAAGUUCAGAUAUUUAUUGUCUCAAAUCAAAAAUCAAAUGCUGAGUUGCCUAAGGCAACACAGCUGAAAUCUUUUUCAAAUUGAGUUACACAUUACAAAAAAUGUAAUAACUAAAGACGUUGAAAACUACUGUAGCCAGAUCACAUAAUAACCCCCCAACCCUCUCCUCUUAAGCCCCAUCCCCCUCCUCUCUUUGGUGGUACAAAACUGUGUAACAAAGGCACAAAAGAAAACCUAUUAACUCAAACUAAAACAUUUGAAAAACUGUGAUGACGAA